AUGCACAGAAACGCCUCAUCAGAUGCCGCUCCCGUAUCCGAAACGUGCAGGAAACGGAUUCACCUGAGAAACGGCCGGGAAACGUUUUCGGCGAGUAUCGACUACACACGAAACGUUUCUCACAAUGCUGUCUGUGCUUCACCGAAUCACCGAUUGCUGCUGGCCUGCUACCUCUUUUGUGGUCGAUCAAUAAGACAAGAACAGGAAAAAAUAAAUUCAAAAGGCAGUGAAUCGCUAAAUUGUAUGGCUUCUUCUCAAGAACAAGUAACACAAGGAUCAUCUACAUCAUUUGAUCAACCUCCAUUGUGGGACUUUGUGACUAAGCUCGAUAAACUUCCUGGAUCAGGAGGAUGUUGGAAGUUCAAGUGUAAUCUUUGCAGUGAAACCCGACAAGGAUCAUAUUCUAGAGUUAGAGCACAUUUGCUUGGCAUAAAAGGUACCGGGAUUUCUAUUUGCAAGAAAGCAACAACAACUGACAAACUUAACAUGACACGAUUAGAAGAUGAGUAUGAAAAGAAGAAAACCGAGUCACAAGCAAAAGAAGUUCAGUUGCCAUGUGAAGCUGGUGUUGGAUUUAAGAAAAGAAAAGGUAUUUCAACACCUAUUGAAAGAGCUUUUGGUGUUGAAAUUAGGGACCAACUGGAUCAAGAAAUAGCUAGAAUGUUUUAUACCGGAGGUUUACCUUUUAAUCUUGCAAGAAAUCCACACUAUGUAAGGGCUUUUCAGUUUGCUGCUAACAACAAAAUUGAUGGUUAUGUACCUCCUGGUUAUAAUAAGCUAAGAACAACAUUACUACAAAAAGAAAAAGAUAAUGUUCACAAGCUAUUGGAGCCACUUAGGUUAACAUGGAAAGAAAAGGGUGUGACUAUUGUGAGUGAUGGUUGGAGUGAUCCUACAAGAACACCUCUAAUCAACUUCAUGGCUACCUCAGGCAAUGGUCCUUUGUUUCUAAAGGCAGUGAAUUGUUUUAGGGAAGUGAAAGAUAGAUUUUUUAUUGCUGAAUUGAUGAAGGAAGUCAUUAAUGAAAUUGGUCAUGAAAAUGUUGUGCAAAUCAUUACCGACAAUGCAGCAAAUUGUAAGGCGGCUGGAGAGAUUAUAGAGAGUCAGUUUCCUCACAUCUAUUGGACACCAUGUGUUGUUCAUACACUUAAUCUUGCUUUGAAGAACAUUUGUUCACCAAGGAAUGUGGAAACAAAUGAACUAACAUAUGAACAGUGCCGCUGGAUAAAAGAAGUUCAUGAAGAGGCGUUUGCAAUAAAAAAUUUCAUCAUGAACCAUAACAUGAGGCUCUCGAUUUUCACCAAGUUUACUCCUCUUAGGUUGCUUUCUGUUGCUGACACUCGCUUUGCCUCCAUCAUUGUGAUGCUUAAGAGAUUGAAACUUAUCAAAAGGGGUCUUCAAGCUAUGGUCAUAAGCGAAGAAUGGUCUUCUUAUAGAUUAGAUGACACUGAGAAGGCAAACUCUGUGAAAGAAUAUAUUUUGAAUGAUGAUUGGUGGGAUAAAGUAACAUAUAUUCUUAGUUUCACUGGACCUAUAUAUGAGAUGAUUAGAGCUUGUGACACUGACAAGCCAUGUUUACACUUGGUCUAUGAGAUGUGGGAUUCUAUGAUUGAGAAAGUGAAGAUUGAGAUCUACAAGAAAGAAAAACGUCCUGCAUCUCAAAUAAGUUGUUUUUACGACGUUGUGCAUCGUAUUUUAGUGGCUCGAUGGGAGAAGAAUAACACCCCCUUACACUGUUUAGCUCACUCUUUACAUCCAAGAUAUUAUAGUGAUGCAUGGUUAAUGGAAGAUUCUACAAGAUGUGCUCCACAUAGGGAUGGAGAAAUUUCACAAGAAAGGAUGAAAUGCUUUCGAAGGUUGUUUCCUAAUGAUGAUGAGUAUGGCAGAGUCCUUGAUGAGUAUGCGAUGUUUUCAAUGAAGAGUGGUCCUUUUGAAGAUUUAACAAGCAUUUCAAAGAUGGCUACUAUGGAACCCAAGAAUUGUUCUUCUUCUUGUGCUGAGCGUAAUUGGAGUACUUAUGCAUUUAUCCACUCGCUUAAAAGGAACAAGCUGACUACAAGUCGUGCUCAAGACUUGGUUUACAUCCACAAUAAUCUCCGACUUUUGUCAAGGACUCCGAAAGAUGAUGUAAAGAUGUGGGAUGUGGGCGGAGAUGCUUUUGAUUCAAUGGAAGACGUCGGGUUUUUGGAGUUUGCAGAUCUCUCACUAGAUGAACCCGAUUUUGAAAAUGAAUUAAUUAUUGAUAAUUAG